AUGAUCAUUACGACUAACAGCCGCACACCAAUGUUUGAGCUACCACCAGUGCGUCGAUUUCUGAAGGGAAGUACUACUGUGCCUUCUAGUGUUGACGAUAGUACGACAAAGUUAAAGGAAGAGGAGAGAAUGUCAGUUCCAAGCAUCUUUAGUAUAAAUCGAUGGAAGGAUAAACUCCAGAAGGCCGUCGCUCUUGUCCGGGAUAGGGCAACGACCCAAAAAACGCGUAUUGCAGAAUUUUUGGCUCAGAAUCCUGCUAUCAAGAAGGAGCUGAUAGUAGCAACUGUUUUAAUAUCGCUGAUCGUAGCAGUUCCACCUCUAGUCAAGUCAUUUUAUCCUGCAUAG